AUUGGAUUUCAUCGAAUCAUAGAUGAUCAGAAGGCAGCGCAGCUGAAGCAACAUCCUGCAGAUCCAAGCGUUUCAUUCAAUCGGGGGUGAUUAUCAUGGUGGUGGAUAUAAUCAUCCUCUAGGGCUCUAAAAAUGCCCGUUUAAUUUCUAGAAGAGAAGCCCCCCCCCAUUAUCUUUGGGAAGGGAGUUAUUACUUUUGCUGUAUUUGUCCCUAAGAAAAGGGAUGAAGGUGUUUGUAGGGAGUCCGGGAAGUGUGAGUGGACUGCUGUUGAGGAUCGGACAAUGCUUGUUCGCAGCUGGCUCUAUUGGGGUCAUGGCUUCCGCUUAUGGGUUUUCUAACUUCACUGCUUUCUGCUAUUUAAUUGCAUCGAUGGGACUUCAAAUGCUCUGGAGUUUUGGGCUUGCAUGUCUUGACAUCUAUGCUUUGAAGAUAAAAAGAGAUAUCUGUAGUCCAGUCUUGGUCAGCCUGUUUGUUGUGGGGGAUUGGGUGACAUCAACAUUAUCACUUGCGGCAGCUUGCUCCUCUGCUGGGAUAGCAGUUUUAUACUCAAAAGAUUUGAAGUUCUGCCAUGAUCCAUCUCAUCUUCCGUGCGUCAAAUUUGAGCUUGCAGCUGUCUUGGCAUUUAUAACCUGGUUUCUUAUUGCCAUUUCAUCUCAUGUAAUGUUCUGGAUCUUGGCGUCAGUUUAGUUCAUGACCAGACCCACCAUAUUUUCCUCAAAGUUGCUACGCUGAUAAGCUAUUUCCCUCUGUAAAUGUACUCUCAAUCUUUGAAGCUGUAGCGUAUCUUCCUUUGCAACUUCUGGGAUGACUACUUCCCUAGUGGUGUGAGGCUACAUGUCUGGCUGCAUCCCAUAAACUCCUAGUCUAAUUGCUUGAACAUAUAGAAGGAUAAAUAUGUACUAGUAUCAAAUUAGAAUACGCCCGUUAGUGCAGGGAUCGGAUAUAGUUAGCUGGGAUUAAACCUGGGUGCUGUGGGAAGAAGGGGAGGCUGAAAACCAUAUGAAGUCAACCAUGUUGCCAUGGUGGUACCAUUUGGUGUUUGAUCAAAUGAUACAUAGGGAGCUAAAUCUCGACCACUGGAUGAUGAUAUAAUAUAGUUCAUUAAUGUCUGCGCUAAAUCUAUGUGCGUUAGAAUUUAUUACUCGUUC